CCGACAAACACGCCUUUGCCACCAUGCAAGAUGACUCACAUCCGGUAUUCCGAGCCUUAUCUUUAUGCAUUCUUGGCCCAUUUCCUAACUCUCAUAGCCUUGCAACGUGUAUUCGGAACACAUUCAAAUCGCACUCAGAAUGCACGCUGGCUCUCUCACUCACCCCAACUACCAUGUCCGUCACUCAAACACCCAGGUUCACCCACUCAGAAGACUUCGAGCAGCCCACCUACUUUUUCGCACCCGACGACGAGAUUCUGAGAGAUUGGCUGGAUACUGAUACCAUAGUCAACUCCAUCAUCGAUCUUUCUCCGGUCAACACUUUGAGUGAUCUAGCAGACAUAACACCUGAAGAAGAAUUCGAGGGUAAUUACUCUCCAAUGCCGCAUAGCCUUCGAAGAGUUUUGACCCCACCUUUGGAGUGCGAUGAAUCCUGCAGCAGACGUAGAAGCAUACUAUUUGAGUCCUCCAUGCCUUCAAGCCCAGGAAUGCCCUCUUAUUCGCGAUAUCGCUCGGAGUAUCUCCGGCCUCCUAUGCAUCGUGCACGCCAAAGCGUCUCAUCCAUCGCAUCCUGCUCGACCGUGUACACAAAAACAGCUCCCACUCAAGUAAAAUCAAUCCUAACUCGACAUGACUCGGGAAUCUCCCUUGCGACAACAAAGACUUCUCGCAAGAAAAAACGGUCGCCUCCGUCGGUGAAGUUCGUCGAAGCACCAAUGGUAUAUCAUGGUCAUUCACCAAUCCCUUCCCCUCCGCAUUCCCCUCCGGCAACUUCGUCAGGUCGAAGAAAAAAGGAGCCAAGACGAUGGUUUGCACGGUGGUGGAAACCCAACCCACCUCCGAGACCAACAAUAUCUGGCCCAUACAGCCUAGCGCGUACAGCAUCACUGGUCGACGUGUACAGCAGUCGUUCCAAACCAACUCAGUGCGGGAGAUUGAAGCGGUUCUGGGUACGUGUAACGAGCGCGGUUCGAUAGCAUCUAAGUCCGCCUUCUCCACGUUCUUCUUUGCGUGGCGCUGCCGCUUCUCACCUCAUGCGGGAGUUGAUUUCCUGCAUCGGACCUGCGGUUCUAGAGAGGAAGAGAACAUAUGAAUUUGACACCUAAGGUAUUAGCUAUGUUGAAUGUUCACCCAUACAUAGACUGGACACGAGCCGCAGAGCGCGCUUGCAGGUCUUUGCAGCAUGUCAUGUUUUGUUAUACCCCUCACACACACACUGCCCACCCGACACACGCAAU